UGUGGGUGAGUGCUUCCGCGCUGAGGGCGGGGGCGGUCUGGGCUCCGGGAUUCCCGGAAGCGAACGAACUGCGAUCCCAGAUGCAUAGUGCGCACUGGGUGCUCUUGCCUCGCGACCUGGUGGGGAGGGGUCGCGCGAGACGGGGGCUGGGGGCUCGCUGCCAGCCGAGAUGCCCAGGUGUGGCCUGCACAUGUGACUUCACUUUUUGAGGCCUCCGUUUUAUCAUCUGUGAAAUGGACAUAAUUAAAGCUGCUUCACAGGGCUGUUGAGAGGAUUAAAUGAGAGGAUGCUUAUCAACCACUUGGAAGGAGGCAGCCCUGCAGGCAGGGCCUGGUGGGAAGAGCAUGCCCAGUGUAAGCCAUGAGGACCUCCGUGGAGCUGGCCAUCAGCAGGAUGCAGACCCUCCACCUUCAGCGCCGCUGCCGGGGCGGCUACCGGCUCAAGGCCAGGGCAUCAUAUGUGGAUGAGACUCUGUUUGGCAGCCCUGCGGGUACCCGGCCCCCCCCACCAGACUUCGACCCGCCUUGGGUGGAGAAGGCCAACAGAACCAGGGGGAUGAACGCAGCAGCGUCGCAGGCCUCAGGGGCCAAAGGGAGCUGUGAGAGCACCCCACCCAGGGGCAGCACCCCGACCCUCACACCAAGGAAGAAGAACAAAUACAGAUUGAUCAGCCACACUCCAUCUUACUGUGACGAGUCGCUCUUCGGCCCCCGGCCUGGGGGCACUGGCUUGGAGGCCUCAUGGAUGGCGAAGGGCGAUGCUGCGAAACUCCGUGCCCUCUUCUGGACGCCCCCCGCUACUCCCAGGGGCAGCCACUCACCCCGACCCAGGGAGACCCCGCUUCGAGCCGUCCACCCAGCCGAUGCCUCCAAGACAGAGCCCAGGGUGGCGGCAGACUCCCAGAAGCUGCCCUCAGAUGGGUUAGAUGCUCCAGACCCUCCAUGGCGGGGACGAUCUCAGUCCCUUACCAACCUUAGUGUCCCCAGCACCGCUUGCCCGCCCACCAGUGCAGCCCAUGCCAAUGGGCCUCGGGACCCCAAGUCUCCCCUGUCAGGGGUGACCUUCCGGAGCCCCCUGCUGACCCCCAGGGCUCACUCCAUCAGUGUGUCAGUGCCAGCCACCCCCCGACGAGGUGGGGCCCCGCAGAAACCAAAGCCCCCUUGGAAAUGAGGUUCCUGGUCCUGGCAUUGAGUUUGCCCGUGGGGUCAUGGCGAAGGGCGCGGCUUCUCCUGCCACAGGGGCCUGCUAGCCCCUGGCCCCAGACUGGAGUCUCCCAGGCAUGGGAGAAGCACCCAGGGGGUGGUGGGGAGAAAGCGGGUGGGCAGUGCCUCCCUUCAUUCUGACAGUUUGUUGUUGCUUCUUGAUGUGGAUUGGGAGGCCAUCCUUGAGAUGCCUCUCCUGUCUUAGCCACACUCCGUAUCAGUGCCAACCAAGGUGCCCCCAGGGGAGGGGCUCUCUCGCUCCCCCACCAAGCCCACAACAUCGUCUUGCCGCCGACUGUGAUUAAAUGGUAUGAUAGCCAGCCAGGACCAAAAGUUCCUUUCCCCACUUCAAGCCGAGCUUCCAGUUCAGGAGUCAUUUCCAGCCGAGUCUGGAGACCCCAGAGACUCCCAGGCAUAGUGGACACGGGGACGCAAGAGGUUCUGGGGUAGUACUCGGGGGAACAAGUACUCCUGUAUUUUCGUGUGUAUUAAAUAUAUCAGAAUCAUGAUGCUUACUGAUGUUCUCUUCUUAAGAUAAGACCAGUGUUCAACCUGAGUUGAUUUAAAUAACGAAGUUAAGUAAUUCAAUAGGGAGUGCGAGGAUGGGGCAGAAAUCACCAUGGUGGCUGG